GCAGAGUUUUAUCUCCAGAAUCAAGAUGCAGCUCUGCAGCCAUCUUCUGAUCAUCUGCCUGCUGUCCAUCAUCCUGCAAUGCAACGUCCUUGGAGUCCAACAACAGCCGGCUCAGCACAUAGACGGGGCCGGGCUGAGGACACUGGCCGUCCUGUGGCGCCAUCCAGGAAGGAUGAAGCCCAGACUGGAGCUCAGCGCCAAACUCCUCCGAACAGACGACCUGGUGAUGAUGAUGGAGAAUGAUGUGACUGAGCCCAAGAGGAAGAGAAGUUUCCCUGGGAACAAUGCCCCGCUGGACCGGCUGUCCAUGAGCUCCAUGGAAACCAGACAGGGCAAGAAGAAGCAGAGCAAGGUGGUGGAGUCGCCACGGCGACGAAACAAUCCGCCUCCCAUCGACCGAGUCGGAAUGAGCCGUCUACCAACGACUCGAGGAUAGCGAGGACGCCCUCAUCUGGACAGUCGAAUCUCUGCAUAAAUAUCAGCCUACCACCUGCUGAACCACGAUGACUGAUCACCUCACCUGGACACGCUACAAAUGAUGGUGCAUUCAGGUGCAGCUCAGUAAAUUCAGGACCAAUUCUUAGUCUUAAGGAGAGACAAACUUCUUCACAAAAACACAAAAUUCAUGACGACAUUACAUCAUUUCAUGCAUUUUAAUGUAAUUUUCCAUCAAACACCAAAACUAGCAAGUAGCUUAAAUCUGCUUUUAUAGCUCGCUAAAGAAGAAGUGAAAAGAAUCGUAUCGAAUUAUUUUAGGCAAAACUUAUGAGAAAUACCCAAAAUAUUCAA